GUUAAGUUUUUACAGUUCGAGGACAUGAAUUCUGUCAAGUGUUAAACGUCAUCAAAGAUAUAAUAAGUAUAUAUAUAAGUGUAUAUUUUCGUUUUUAUAUGAAAAUGGCAUGGUUGUCAGGUCUUGCUGAUAAGGCAGAAAAUUUAUUAAAUAAAAUAGAUAAAAACACUGCAGCUGUUUUAAAUAAAGACAAAUAUGAGUUACCCCAAUCUCAGUUGACACAUGUUACAUGGAUUUCUUCUGAGUCAUGUGUUAACACACAAGAUGAUACAAUUUUGAAACCUUCUACAGAUACAGAAUCAUUAAAAGAAUUUCCUUAUGUUGGUUCAGUACCAAAUCUUUCAUCAUUGACAACAAAUUCUGUUAUGUCUAAAGACGAAGAGCUUUUAACUUUCUUAAAUACAUUAGAUUCAAAUCCAAAAAAUAAUGUAGCAGAAGUUUCAAUGUCACCAUCAACACCUUCAUCACUCAUGGUUGAACAUCCAACAGAUACUACAGAUUCUGUAUCGGACUUAUCAAUUCAUAGUGGCCGCUCUAGUCCUAGUUUUGUCCAUACAUCUGUAGAAAUGCCAGAUAAUCUUAAUCAUGAUGAUGUGAAUGUAGACAAUGCUAAUUUUUGUAAAAAUGUAAUAAUAAAUACCCUAAAUAAUGAAAUAAUGGAAAAUCAAACUUCUGAUAUUGUUUUGAAUAAUGAUCAUACUGUUAUGGGAAAGUCUGAUAAUAUAAAACAAGGAUACGAGUAUGAUGUGAAACAAGAAAAUACAGAAAUAGAUAAAUUGAUGAAUUCAUCUCACAAUAAGUAUAUAAGAAAAUAUUUGAAAGAAGUAGAAAGAAACUUAGAAGAAAGGAAUGAACUACUUGGAAAACAAGAAACAGAUCAUCAAAAAGAAAUCAUAGUUCUGAAUGAAAAAUUGCAGUCUUUAUAUACAGAAAAAGUACAAUUAUCUAAGCAAGUAAUAGAAUUACAAUCAGCUUUGGAGAGAAGUAGAUUAGAAUUAAACUCCACUAGAUCUGAUUUAGAACAACAUAAAGCUAGAGCUCUAAAGACAUUGCAAGAAAAAGAAAAAUUAAUAGCAGAAUUAAGGUGCAAUGAGUCUACAGGGAUGGAUGAUAUAACAAUUAUGGAACUAAACCAACUCAGGCAAGAACGUGAUAUACUCAGAGAAGAAAAUCAACAAAGUUCUGAGCAAUUAAGGAUAGUACGUGAAGAAUUAAUGAAUGCUGAUGUAAAAUUGGAAAAAAUGAGACAAAAAUCUGCUGAAGCAAAUAUACAAGCUCAAGAAAUUCUUGCUACAGAAAGGCGUAGAAGAUUAGAUGUAGAAGAAGAUGCAAGAUUACAUUCAGAUGAAAUAAGAUCAUUAAAGGAUGAAUUAAUUCGUCAACGUAAUAAUUAUACUACACAACUACAAAAAAGUGAUUCUGAAAUCGCUCGGCUUAGGGUGCAAUUAUCCGCAGCUUCGACACCAAGCAGCAAAGUAGAGUCAAGAUUGACAUCUCUGACCCAAACAUUGGUUUCAAAACAACAAGCAUUAGAAAUUUUAACGACUGAAAGAAAUGCUUUAAGAUUACAAUUAGAAAAAAUAGAACAUGAAUUUAGGAAUAGUCGACGUAACGUUUCGUAUAAUAGCAUAAACGAUACAGAUGACGCUAAAGCUCAAGUACCCACAUUUUUGAUAGAAACUCCAUUUGAUACUGGAGUUACUAGAAGAGUAAAACGAGCUUAUUCAUUGUUAGAUGCUAUUAGUAUUCGUACAGGAGUAUUUUUAAGAAGGUAUCCCCUUGCCAGGAUUUUAGUACUAAUUUAUAUGGCAUUACUUCAGUUUUUGGUUCUUAUAGUUCUUCUAUCGCAAUCGCCAGAAGCGCAUUAAUGUAUAAUAUUUAUAAUACAUGUAAUAGAACAUUUUUGUAAAUAUUACAUUGGGAUGGUGCAUACAUAUACUAAUAUUAAUUACUAAUUAUAUCAGUAACUUUUUAUAAACUAUUAAAUGGUAAUGUACGAAAAUUGUAUUUCUAAAGAGAUAUAUAUGUUAAUUUUUAUAAAUGUAUUUGUAUGAUUGUUUUAUUGAAUCUCGUUUAUAAUAUAUGUAUGUAUACCA